ACAGGCGCAGUACGAGAGAUUCAUACGAAAUACUCGUCUUCAAAAUAUGGCUCUCGUUGUGGAUGAGUCGACCAAGCGCAUGGCCCGCAUGUUAGGCGCGGAGGAGGCGGAGAUCCGGGAUGGCAUUGCCGAGGAAGGUCUCAGCAGUUCAUUUUAUGAUGACACUGGGCGCCCCUCUCUAUUCGUGGGCCUGCAAUCCGACGAUGAUCGUGAACACCAGACAAAGAAAACGAUGAACUACGUGAAGCAGGCUACAGUAAAGAUCGCCCUUGAGAAGCAAAGGUCCGUGUCCCGGCAAAAAUCGGGUGGGUACGGAUCGAUGGAGACUUCCUCCCUCUUGCCCCAGAAGUUUAAAAGCGGGGAAGUCAUGGAGGAGGGAAAGGUGCCCGUGGGCGGAGAGACGGAGCAGGGCCCCCCGAAGCUCUCAUUGCACAAGACGCGGACGGUCAGCAAGUUGCACUCCGAGGGUCUCACCUCGGAAUUCGCGGCAGAGCUCCUGAAGAAAUUCGGGCGGAACGAACUGCCGGAAAAAAAGAAACCCAAAUGGCUCAUUUAUAUCGAACAGCUGAUCGCCCCUAUGCCAUGCAUGAUCUGGGCAGCGAUUGCCAUCGAAAUUGCCAUCAAAUCCUGGCCCGACAUGGCCAUCCUCCUUGGGAUUCAAUUCAUGAACGCCUCCCUUUCCUACUAUGAGACCACCAAGGCCGGUGACGCCGUCGCCGCCCUCAAGGCCUCUCUCAAGCCUGUCGCCCACGUCAAACGGGACGGAAAAUUUGUGACCAUGGACGCGGCGCUUCUGGUGCCCGGCGACCUGGUUCUCUUGGGCGCCGGCGCGGCCAUCCCGGCGGAUUGCAUCGUCAACCACGGCACGAUCGACGUGGACCAAGCGGCCUUGACCGGGGAAUCCCUGCCCGUCACUUUUUACAAGGGCGAUAGCGUCAAGAUGGGGUCGACGGUGGUGCGUGGGGAAGUGGAAGGCACUGUGGAAUGCACGGGAGCCAACACCUUUUUCGGACGGACGGCCGCCCUUCUGCAGGGAGGGGACGAAUCUUCCAACUUGGACAAGCUCCUGAUGAAGAUCAUGAUCGUCCUUGUCAUCCUCUCCAUGAGCCUCUGCGGCAUUGCCUUUGGCUAUCUCCUGGCCUCCGGGGAGCACGUCCGUGCGGCCCUGUCGUUCACUGUGGUCCUUCUGGUCGCCUCCAUCCCCAUUGCCAUUGAGAUUGUCUGCACCACCACCCUCGCCCUCGGUUCCCGCGAACUCGCUAAGGACGGCGCCAUCGUUUCCCGCUUGGCCGCCAUUGAGGACAUGGCGGGGAUGAGCAUCCUGUGCUCGGACAAGACGGGGACCUUGACGCUGAACAAGAUGGUCAUCCAGCAGGAGACCCCCACUUACGCCAAGGGCGAGACGCAGUACACGAUCCUGCGGUACGCGGCCAUGGCCAGCAAAUGGAACGAGCCUCCCCGGGAUGCGUUGGACACUCUGGUCCACAGCUGCGCGGAUUUAGCCUCCCUGCGGGACGUGAAGCAGACGGAUUAUUUACCGUUCGACCCCACCAUCAAGCGCACGGAAGCCACCGUGGUCCUGCCCCGGGGGGAGACCUUCAAAGUGACCAAAGGCGCCCCCCACAUCAUCAUGCAGCUUUUGAGCGGCCCUGAGAACGCCAAGGUGCUCGCCCAGUGCGAGAAAGACGUGGAAGGCUUGGGUGCACGCGGCAUUCGCUCGCUCGCCGUAAGCAAGACGAACGCGCAGGGUGCAUGGGAAAUGAUGGGCUUGUUGACCUUUUUGGACCCGCCUCGCCCGGAUACGAAAGCCACGAUCGACCAGGCCCGCGACUUUGGGGUGGAGGUGAAAAUGAUAACGGGCGACCACCUCUUGAUCGCGAAGGAGACGGCCCGGCAAUUGGGCAUGGGCGACAAUAUCCGGGACGCAGAGAUGCUCCCGAAGCUAGACCCGGAGACGAAGAAACCCCCGCCGGACUUGAUGGAUCAUUUCCAAUACGUGGAGGAGACCUCUGGCUUUGCCCAGGUUUUCCCCGAGCACAAAUUCUUGAUCGUCGAAGUCCUGCGCAAGGGCGGAUACAAGACGGGGAUGACCGGAGACGGCGUCAACGAUGCCCCUGCCUUGAAGCGGGCCGACGUCGGCGUGGCUGUCCAGGGCGCUACGGAUGCCGCCCGUGCUGCUGCCGACAUUGUAUUGACAAAACCGGGCCUCUCCACCAUCGUCACCGCCAUCGUGGUAGCGCGCAUUGUCUUCGGGCGCAUGACCUCGUUCAUCACCUACCGUAUCGCCGCCACCCUCCAGCUCUUAGUCUUCUUCUUCGUGGCCGUCCUCACGCUGCACCCGAUCGAAUUCCAACCCGAAGGUGACGACGACAACUGGCCCGCGUUUUUCCACAUGCCCGUGCUGAUGCUGAUGCUCAUCACCCUCUUGAAUGACGGGACCCUCAUCUCCAUCGGAUACGACACCGUGUCGCCCUCCACCACCCCCGACAAGUGGAACCUGCGUGUACUCUUCACCGUCUCUGCCGCCCUUGGGGGCGUGGCCUGUCUCUCCUCCCUCCUCCUUCUUUGGGUCGCGCUGGACUCUUGGAAUCCCCACGGGCUCUGGGGAAGCUUCGGCUUGGCGGGCCUCUCCUACGCCCAGGUCACCUCCAUGAUCUACUUGAAGGUAUCCAUUUCCGAUUUCCUUACCCUCUUCUCCGCGCGCUCCGGAGACGAUUUCUUUUGGACGAAUCCUCCCAGCAAAAUUCUGCUUGUUGCGGCGACCAUUGCCUGUUCCUUGUCCACCCUCAUGGCGAACAUCUGGCCGGCCUCCUACCCGGACGGGAUCCCCACCAUCGGCCUGGCGAGACUCCCGCCGCAUUUGCUCUCAUUGUACGUGUGGUUGUAUUGUCUGGCAUGCUGGGUGGUGCAAGACGCGGCCAAGGUAGGGACUUACAAGAUGCUGCGGAUGUACAACGUGUUCGGGGUAAAUGAUGUUGUCAGCCUUCGGAAGGCGGACGUGUCUAUCAUGGUAUAA